CUUAUUGCGCCCUCUGACAGCUGAUACCCCAAAAUAUACAACAUACAACAAAAAAAAGUAAUGCAAAAUAUACAAUGAAGGAAGAAUAUUCGAUUCUUUCGCCUAAACUUUCCGGGGGACCGAAGGGAUUGGGCGAUCCUAAUGAUAAGAGCUUGAGGAAAGUGGAGAAGGAUGUGCUGAUACCAAAGUUAAUGCGAGAAAGAACGAAAACAGAGAAAUGCGUUGCAGAAGUUAAAGAGUUCCAUGACUGCUGUCUCAAUUCAGGAUUGUUAAACGUUAUAAAGUGUAGGAAGGAAAAUGAUGUAAUGAAAUCGUGCAUGGAAAAGUGGUAUUAUAAUCAAGACUUUAUUAAAGAAUGUACAGAACAAUAUCUAAAUGAAAGAAGUGAAUUCAGGAAGACUGGAAUUCCUAAAAAGAAAAGAGCUGCCAGACUAGAAGCAUCGUUAUAAAUAUAAAGAUAACAAAUAGAUAAUAUCAGGAUUGUUUAUGUUGUUUCAUUAUAAAUUUACUAAGUAUGAUAUCUGUACAAUUGAUAUGUGGAUAACUUUUUCAAUAGAAAAGUCAUAGAAUAUUAUGCAAAUUAUUUCAAAAUGCAGUAGAAAAGUCAAAUGCGCAAUUGGAAAUUAAAUUAUUAUGUUAAUUUUGAUUGAUAUACUGCUUUUACUACUUGUUUUGAAUUUUUGUAUAGCAAAUUCUUGUAUAUUAAUUGAAUGUACAUAAAGUGAAGUAUUUUGGA